GUUUAUAGUUUAUACUUUUGUUAUAUACAACUCUAUGAGUUUUACCCUAUAAAAACUAUUUGUCAUCAAAUGAAAAGUCUAUAAAUAAAUAACCAAUGUCUGAAUUGUGAAAAAUCUUGGGAAAAACAAGACGUCGUAGCGCCGCUCAACUUCAACUCAUUUACAAACAUUGGGACGAGAAACUUUGAUUUGGUAUUAUCGCCGCUCUGUUAUUUAGCAAAAGACUACUCUUUACAAAAACUAAUUAAUUCGGUUCAUAAAAAUCCACAAUAAACUGAACAAUCUUUACACCUAUUAGUAUAACUUAUUGUGGAGUUUCACCAACCUCUUAAAAGUCAAGAUGGGUAGAAGAAGCGUCAAAAGUACAAAAAGUGGGAAGUUUAUGAAUCCUACAGACCAGGCGAGGAAAGAGGCAAGAAAAAAGGAAUUAAAAAAGAACAAGAAACAACGUCAACUAGUUCGAACCGCCGUCUUAAAGAACAAAGACCCCGGAAUCAUAAUUAAGGAAUUAGACAAAUUGGACGAAAUUGAAUAUAAUCCCACUGAAGCACCUCCGCUUGCAGACAAAGUAUUGAAAGAUAAAAGGAAAAAAUUAAAAGAAACGUUGGAUAGGGUUAUGAAGCUUUAUCAAAAAGAUAAUCCAACAUAUUGGAGUGAGCUCAAGCGGAUUGAAUCAGACUAUGAGCGACGUAGAUUUCAUCGGAUUCAGUUUUUUGAGGCUGUGAAACAGGCAGAAAGUGUGAGCAAUGUUGAAGAAAUUCCUCUUCCAGAUGCCCCAGGGGACGGGACGACAGAGUUGGCAAAUAUUCCCUUGCCCGAUGGUGGUCCUAUUGCUAACACCCCUCAACUACCACAAAUGCCUGGACUAGGAGGAAUACCAUACCCUCCUCCCAUAGAAGUUCACAGUAUUUUGAAAAAGGCCCCAAUGGUUUCCGUAGCCCCUGGAACCCCAACCUUUCAAGGGAGAGAUCCUCCAGGUGUUCCUUGUGGCCCCCCUCCUGACCUUAGUGACAUGGAUGAACUAUCAGAUGAUGAAAUGGAAACGGAGCCGGAAAAACCAAAAAUAAUUGAUAAUAAAAGUAAAGGUGUUAGAUUUUCCGAUACUACCAAGGAUGAUGAGGAUCACACAAUGAGUGAGAUGGACAGAUUCAUGAAAGAGGUUGAGGAAGAAUUCAAGUCAAUGAAUGAAGAUGACCUUCAACCGCCUGGGACAGAAAGUGGCAAGAUCCCAGAAUCUUCAAGUAAAGACCCAGAGGAAUCUGAAGAGGGCCUCGACGAAGAUACUGAAAUGCACUCAGAUCUUAUUCCACCUUCUAGUGGAAGCGACACGACAAUGACAACUGCUUCUGGGUCUUCUUUAACGUCGAUGGGAGAUGCGUCCUCUUCUAUAAGGCCUCCUCCGGCCCCACAACAGCGUCCAGCAGCUCAUCAACCACCAUUCUUUCCACCUCCACCACCGAAUCUAAAUAUGCCUCCGAAUAACCGAAUGAGAUAUCCACCACCAUUACCUCCAAUGAUGAGACCUAACUUUGGUCCUAGACAUAAUACUUAUCUUCCACCUGGAGGAGGAGGAGGAAGGUUUAGACAACCUCAGCGAUCCAAUGUAUUUUCUGGCUCACCUCAAAUUGUUAAAUCAGAUAAAAUUGUUUCGGACUCAAUGAUUCAAGCAAAGCCACAAAUUAGGAGCUUGAGUGCUGAUGUUACAAGAUUUAUACCCACUGCUGUAAAAACUAAGAAAGAUGAACCUGACAAACCAAAACGUCCAGAAUACCAAAUUGGGCAAUCGCAUAUGCACUUUAAAGGACCACAACCUCCGAGACCACCUCAACAAAGCAAGGAUGAUGCAUAUGCUGAUUUUAUGAAGGAAAUGCAAGGUCUCAUGUAAUUUCUAAAAAAUAUCAAAAUAAUGUUUUGCUAAAUUUUAUUUGGAAUUAAUUAUAAAUAGUUAUUUAUGGUUAAUAAUAAAAUGUACUGAAGCUAUAUUUUUCAUGACUGGCCGCUGUAUUGCUCGAAAGACUGAGUUACAGAUGAAUUAUGUCACUAAUAAUUGUGUUGCGACUGGCAUAAUUGUAUAUUAAGUAUUUUAACCAAUUUUAUUUUCAAUUACUUGCAGCCAAAAAUAAUAUUAGACAAUUGAGUGAGACGAGAUAGAAAUAGUAAUAAAAGAUACAUAUUUUCAGCAUACUGA